AGUUCAAAAUUGAAUGUGCAGCUGAUCGCAUAAUAUUUGUGAAAAUUUGAAAAUUACGUUAGAAAGUUAUAAGCUUAUUAAAACAAGAAAUUGUGUAUGAAUAUUAUAACUAAGAUUUAUUCGUUUUUAAUAAAGAAAAGAUUCAAUCAAAAGGCGAACGAAAAAUCAAAAAAUGCAUAGUACAUUGUUAGACGAGGUAUGUACGCACACACGUGUGUAUAUGUGCAAUAUAUGUAUAGUCAAUCACUAUACAUUUUAUUUUAAGAUUCAUUACAUAUAAACGUGUUUAAAUGCUACUGUGUAUGUUCAACAUGUUAUUUUAAUAAUUUUAAAACUUGCAUUACGAUGACAAUUUUAAAGUAAAACAAAUGAAUAAGUGAUGUCUGCAGGUUAACUUACAUAUGUACAUAUUUGCACAUUUAUCUAAUUAGGAAUGUUUGGAAAAAUAGUUAUUAAGCUAAACCAAAAUGGCUUUGUUGUUAUCGAAGAUUUCCUUACACCGUCCGAAAUCGAUGAACUCUAUUUAGCCGGCCGUGCUCUUUGUUUGGAUGCACCUCAAGAAAAUCGGAAAGUUUUCAGUACAGUAAAUCAAAAAGAUGCUCACAGCAAAGAAACAUACUUUCUCGAUUCAGGUGAUAAAGUUCGCUUUUUUUUUGAAGAGGGUGCUUUUGGUGAAAAUGGUGAAUUAUUGGUAGAUCCUAUGAUUGCUUUAAACAAAGUUGGGCAUUACUUGCAUGUUCAACAUCCUAUUUUUAACAAAAUAACAUUUAGUAAUCGUGUUAAGGAAGUUUGUUGGCAGUUGAACUUCAAUAAGCCGGCUGUUUGCCAAAGCAUGUAUAUAUAUAAGAAUCCAGGUAUUGGCGGCGAAGUUAUAUCACACCAGGAUUCUUGGUUUUUACAUACUGAACCGAAUUCCGUAAUUGGUUUUUGGUUUGCACUCGAAGAUUGUACUAAUCAAAAUGGAUGUUUAGAAGUUAUAAAAGGGUCACAUAAAAGUGGUAUUCACCGUCUUUACAAACGAAAUCCAGAUAAAGAAGCAAAUCAGUUAGUUAUUUAUGAUCGGCCAGCACCAAUAUAUCCACAAUCAAGUUAUACUCCACUACUCGUACGCAAAGGUACUUGUAUUAUUAUUCAUGGCAAUGUGGUGCAUAAAAGUGAACAAAAUCGUUCACAAAAGAGCCGACACGCGUAUACUUUCCACGUCAUUGAGGCUGAAAAUAAUGUGAAGUAUUCUGAAGACAAUUGGCUUCAACCAACUAAAGAUAAACCCUUUCCUGUUUUGUUUGAGAGAAAACACUAAAUCAUAUCAAGAAAUCCUGUGUACAUAUUAAAUUUAAAUUUCUUUUAUUUUUAAUCCUAUCCAUUUCUUGAAAUUAAAACAUUAUAAUUUUUAACACAUUUUAUUUUUUGUAUUAUUUUUUAUAUCUUAUUUUAAAAAUGUAUCUAAUAACCUAUACAUAUACAAUCAAAAUAAACGUAUUGAAAAGCA